AUGCGGAGAAAUGGCUCCUCCUUCUCCACGCCCUUAAAAGUGGAGGGCACCAAACAGACAUCAAAAAUCAAAGCCUCUGCCCACUUUUCCUCCCUGUAUUUGACCGUUGAUAAAUCCCCGUCUCGCCUCGAGUCUCCAGCCAGGCGUUUCCGACCGGAAACGCGACAUCGACUGCGCGCCCUGCGUUUCUCCGAUACCCGGAAACUGACUGCGAGCGCCCUGUGGGAAGGGAAGCGGAGGCUGGAGAGGGAGCGCGAAGCCAGAGGAAGCGACCGCCAGCAGCGAUCGGCCCCCCAGAGAGCCAUGGCCACAGCGGCCACAGCGGCCACAGGACCGCUAGGAGGAGGAUCAGCAGUGACAGCUGCAGCCGGCGCAGUAGCAGCCGCGGGAGGGCAGUCAGCUGUUCCAGGCGGCGGCGCUCUCACCACGUCGCCCGAAUCGGCCACAGCGUCCAGCCAGCCCGGGUCGCCAGCAGCCUCAACGUCGACGCCGCCACAGUCGCUUGUAGCGCCGUCUACCGCAUCCUCGUUCCACCACCAUCCACGAGGCCGUCUUGUGAGCAGAGCCUGCGAUCGAUGCCGUCGUCGCAAAGCUAAGAUUUGCGUUUACACUUACACCCAUAUCCUCAUCUGCAUCUGCAUGCCCGUACAUGCUCGCCCGCCGCCCUUCUUUCUAAUGCUGCGUUACGCCGUCCAAUACCCUGAUACGCUCGCGAUCUCCCCACUGACAGAUGUUUUCCCCCACCAAAAGUGCGAAUACCUCAGCGCCGUCGAUAGCUGCACGCACUGCCGCGAUGCACACGUGCAGUGCACCUUCGACUUGCCACUGGCCCGACGCGGUCCCAAAGCCAGGAAGAAAAGCGAUCUGCCCGGCCAGCCACCUUCAGAUCCGAGCGCGCUCUCCACCGGCGCCCGUGGAGCCGGCGCCCAGAUGCCGCCGCCGUUGGCCUUCUCCGGCCCCGCAGUAGGUGGACUGCAGCCCUUCAACUCGUCGUCUCUGUCGCCCGAGGCCCCGUGGGAGCCCGGCGAGCCUCUCAGCCUGGACAACGGCCUGCCGCGGCAGCAGAUGGGCGAUCUGCCGGGCCUCUCCACUAUCCAAAACAUAUCGACGCGCCAGCGAUGGCUACACCUUGCCCAGGCCAUGACGCUGCGCAACACGACGCUGGAACGAGUGUCGAAGCGAUGUAUCGACCUCUUCUUUGACUACCUCUAUCCUCUCACCCCCCUGGUGUACGAGCCGGCCCUGCGGGAGGUCCUUGCAUACAUCUUCUCGCAGCCAAUACCCGGCAUGAACCAACCCUCGCCUAUCGCGCAACUCACGCCAGACCCGACGGCCGGGACCACCCCCCUCAGCGCAGCCGAGUCGUGGGCCGGCUUCGCGCAGCUCAAUGGCUCGCGAGCCGUUGGCAGCAGGCUGGCUCCCUGGGCCGAUUCGACCUUCACCCUGGUCACAGCUGUUUGCGCAGAGGCAGCAUUUAUGCUACCCAAAGACAUUUUCCCCGAAGGAGAAUCCGUCUCCGAAAUCUUUCUUGAAGCUUCUCGAGACUGUCUUCACCAGCAUCUCGAGGCCGAUUUGGAAAAUCCGACGGCAAACUCAAUUGCCAUUCGGUAUUUCCACUCCAAUUGCCUCCACGCCGCGGGGAAACCAAAGUACUCGUGGCACAUCUUUGGCGAGGCCAUUCGCCUGGCCCAAGUUAUGCAUCUUCACGAGGAGGCGUCGCUGGAAGGGCUUGUCCCCAUUGAGGCAGAGUUCCGUCGGCGCUGCUUCUGGAUCCUGUAUCUGGGGGACAAAUCCGCAGCCAUAUUGAACAACCGUCCCAUAACUAUUCACAAAUACUGCUUUGAUACGGGCAUCACCACCCUGUACCCGUCGGGGAUUGAGGACGAGUUCCUAAUUACGGCUUCCGAGCCGCCCAGAAAGAGCUUUAUUUCCGGCUUCAACGCCAAUGUGCGGCUUUGGCAGUCUGCGGCCGAUCUUUUACUGGAAAUCAGGGUGCUCCAAGACCAGAUGAUGCAGCAUUUCCGCGGGAACCUGCCCCCCAAUCAUGUGCUGCCGUCUGCGGACAGGCAGCACCUCGACUCCCUCUAUGUUAGGUUCAUUACCUGUUUGGACGACCUCCCGCCAUACCUCCAAUCAUGCACUCUGGCCAUGGCGGCCAUGGCCGAGGGUAAUGGGUCUGCGGAGUCGAAGCAGUACGUAAUCCAAUGCACGAAUCUGCAGGUGACUUUCCACUGCCUGCGGAUGGUAAUCACGCAGAAAUUUGAGGAUCUGUCCUACUUUGCUCCCGGAGUUGAGCAAGCAGACUUGAGAAAGUCGGAGAUUGUGCGAGAUAUGCUGAGGGUGAUGAACGAGGCGCCGUUUUGGGGUCUCCAAGCAAACGGCGAGCCAAAUGUUGAAAAGAUACGCCUUAUCGGAGCUAGUUUGCUAGCUAUUAUCCAUCGGCAUCAGGAUAACCCCCUGGCGACCCGAGCAAGGGGCGACUUCUCAGUACUUUUGGAUAUUCUGACGCGGCUAGACUCCAAGGCGUCUGAUCAGCUUCGGAAUACUUCCAAUACCGUUGUUGGCUAA